UGUAAAUUUGUACCAUUGAAAAAUUCUAAAUUAAAUUAAAAAAAAAAAAAGUUGAAAAAAAGGAGAGAACUAUGAGUUUCACUCAAAGACAAGAGGCAUUGGUUAACAGCUCAUGGGAAGCGUUCAAUCAAAACCUUCCUUUCUAUAGUGUUUUGUUUUACACCUUUAUAUUGGAGAAAACACCUGCAGCAAAAAAUAUGUUUUCUUUUCUAAAGGAUUCUAAUGAGGUUAUUCAAGGUAAUCCUAGUGCAAAUGCUCAUGCUGAGAUGGUUUUUGGAAUGGUGCGUGAUGCGGCCAUUCAACUCCAAGUAAAAGGAGAAGUCGUGCUGGAAGAUAAUGUGUUGGGGGUUGUUCACACCCAAAAAGGAGUAGCUGAUCGUCAUUUCAUGGUUGUGAAAGAAGCAUUGCUCAAAACUAUGAAAGAAGUUGUUGGAGAUAAAUGGAGUGAGGAAUUCAGCGUUGCUUGGGAAACUGCUUAUGAUGAAUUGGCAUAUGCAAUUAAGAAGACAAUGAUUUAGAUAUGAGAUCGAAAAAUAAAAUAAAUUUCCCUAAAAUAUUAAACAAGUUUUCAAAAAUAAUUGUUUUCCAUCCUUCAAAAAAUAAUAAUUGUUUUCCAGAAUAAAUAAUUAGUUAAGAACCAUUUGAUGUAUUAAGGUAUUUUAAAAUUGUCGAAAGACUUAUGUAUACAAAUUUCAAUAUAUAGUUUACAGAAAGAAAAAAAAAAAGUUCAAACUAAA